CUUUGACCGAAAGGGCAAUCUCAGAGCGCUAAUUAUACAGGCGUCGAAACCCUCGGUAGGGUCAAAUUAACGCGCCAUGUCGCGGGUCCAGUCGCUUCUUAACCGCAUCGUCGAGCACGCCGGCGACGCCAGCACCAUCAAGACGUGCUGCGGCGUGCUCUCGAUCCUCUCGCGCACGGAAGACAAGAAGGCCGAGAUCGCGUCGUCCGGCCUCCUCCUCAUUCUCCAGGCCAUGCACACGCACAUGGGCAACGAAGAGCUGCUGGAGGCGGCGUGCGACCUCCUCUGGACGCUGGCCUUCAACAACCGCAGCGUCAAAGCGAGCAUUUCUGCCCACGGCGGGAUCCACACACUCUUGCGCUGCAUCGACGCGCACAAGACCAACGCCGAGCUCCUUCGAUCCGUCCUCGGUACGCUCUCGAAUCUGUCCGAGCUGCCCGACAACCAGCACCACAUUGGCAUCGGUCUUCCCGUCAUCCUCACGGCGCUGCAGAUGCACACGCGGAACAUCGACCUCGUCGCGUUCGCCUUCGAUACGCUCGCCAGCAUCGUCGUUGGCCACAAGAAGAACUGCCUCACGCUGCAACAAGCCGGCGCCAUGGGCUUUAUCCUCGACAUCGUCGCCAAGCACCCAUCGCGCCUCGACCUCGUCAAGUCGGGCUGUCAUACGCUGGCCAUCAUGUGCGACCUCGCCGGUAUGGGCGCCGCCAUCGUGCAAGUCAAGGGUAUCAAACCGCUUUUGACCUUGCUCGGACAGACGCCGCUGCCGCCCGACAUUGAGCGCAUCUUGACCGUGCUCAUCUUUCGGAUUUCCAAGGAGCCACCGGUGCUCGUCCAGCUCGUGCACGACGGGCUCAUUGCAGUGCUGUUUCAAGGCAUGGCCAGCGUCUACCGGUCGGCGCCACAGUCGCCCGAGACGCUCCUCGCCACGUGUCACAUUCUGUGCCAGGUCACGCGGCAUGCGAACGAGCAUGCGAUGGACUUGACGGCGUACUUGCCGCAGCCGCUUUGCUCGAGCGAGACGCUACUGCGCGUGGCGCUCCAUCCCACGACGACGCCGUCCUUGGCUCUGGCGCUCUUUCGUAUCGUGGCGAAUAUGGCCAAAAACCCAAAGGAAUUGUCAUCGUUUGUGACGAUGGCGGCGAUCGAGACCAUGCUGAGCCUCUGUGCGACGCAUGGCAACCCGCCCGAGAUGCUGCACGUGACGGUUGAAGUGCUCUGCCGUCUCCGCCGGUCGACGCUCCAGUCGUACGCGCUCAAGACACCGGAGAAGACGCUCACCGCGCUCCUCGUGUGCAUUCGGAGCUUCCCAGACGACAUUGCGUUUCUGGACCAAGCGUUCGCCAUUCUCAUGGUCCACGUCACGUCCGAGCGGGCGUCGAGCGCGCGGACUGUCUUUGGGUUUAUUGGCGCGGCCAUGCGCUUUCUGAGUCGCUUCUCGACCGCCGAUUGGUCGCCGCACCUUAUGAUCGAGGCGUGCAAGUUUCUCUUGCACACGAUUACGACGAACGACGGCGUUGAAAGCAUCGUGAGCUGCGGCGGCGUCGCGAUCUUGAAGAAAUUUCAACACGACGUCGCGAAGAAAGCCAUGCCGCCCGAGCUCUGCGCGAUUCUCCACGCGAUUCUGCGUCGCGUGGACCCUACCAAUAGCAGCCAGUACCGUAGCACACCGAGCUUGGUCGCGUCCGCAUCGAGCAAGUCGGCGACGUUACUUCCGUCCCUCACGACACCGACGUGCGAGCCCGAACCGCCCAGUGCCGUUGCCAGUACGACGACGGACGACGACUGCAUUUGCACGGCCCCGGUGCUCGCGACACCAACGAGCCGCGAGAACAACGACGACGACACGUUGCAAGACGACGACGUCAACGAGUGCGACGAUAUUUUGGACGACGACGAGAAUGACGAGGAUGACGAGGAUGACGAGGACGACGAGGACGGCGACGACGGUCUCGAAGAAGCACCGAUGCAUGCUGUCUCCGUCGCAUCGCUACCCGAGAGAGAGGGUACAGGCGAUGCGGUACCGACAACCGCCGUAUCGUCGCCCGAAGUCGCAGCCCCCACGGUCCACGUUGACCCAAUCAUCCACGAAAUCGCGACCACGCACCCGUUUCCGCAGGACAUUUUAUCAUCGCACCGGGUGCACUCAGCGGUGAAAGACGACGGCUUUUACUAUGCGAGUCCAUCGGGAAAGCAGCUCCCCAAGCACCCACAACGGCCCCUGCCGCAGAGCUACGACGAUCCGGUGGGCCAAACCACGGCCGUCUUGUCACCAACGUGUCCAUGGACGUUGGAGCCGGUCGCCUCGUCGUUUGUCGACGACAUUGACCGUCAGCUCUACAGUGAAGCUCGCCGACAGGAGCGCAUCGCGUUCCUCGACGAGCGACGCGGUAGCGUGGUGUACCAGAGCAGCUUUGCAGCCGGCGCAACCUCCCAGCACAGUCGCAUUCCGAAUGCAUACCCGUACGAGCCCGUGCCGCCAAUGACCGCGUUCGCUUCGUCCUUGACGUUCGAGUCGGAGUUUGCGAGCGGAAACCUCCUCCGCGCGAUUCAAAUUGGCGCGUUCGAGUACGACCUCGUUUUGCGCGCCGAUUUGCACACGGUGGGGUACACGCAGUGGUUUUACUUUGCGGUUAGCAACGUCGAGGCCAAUGUGCCAUACCGCCUCCACAUUCUCAACCUCUACAAGCCCGACAGUCUCUUCAACGACGGCCUGCAGCCGGUCGUCUACUCGCUCCACGACGCUGCGACUCUCGGCAUGGGCUGGCGACGCCGCGGCACAAACGUGUGCUACUACAGCAACCCGUGGCCGCUGCCACGCAAGCCGUCUUCGGUCGAGGACCCGGCGACACAGUACCACACGCUUACGUUCACACUCGAGUUUCCGCAGACGCACGAUACGUACCUCGUGGCCCAUAGCUACCCGUACACGAUGGCCGACCACGCAUGGCACCUGCGCCAGCCGCAGUUUCGUUUCCCGAGUGUCGUCCGGCACUCGGUGCUGUGUCAAACGCAGGGCAAGCUCGACUGCGACCUGCUUCGGAUCACCGACUUUAGCUACCCGAGCGACGAGCGCCUCGAUGUCGUGCUCACUGCGCGGGUGCAUCCUGGCGAGCCGCAAGCGAGCUGGGUCAUGCGCGGAACCCUCGAUUUUCUCGUCUCGGACGCGGUCGAAGCCAAGCUCCUUCGGCGCCUCUUUGUGUUUCACGUCAUUCCAGUACUCAAUCCGGACGGCGUCUACUAUGGCAACAACCGAUGUGGGCUCUCGGCGUGCGACCUCAAUCGGCAGUGGAAGUCGCCCAACGCGACCGACCACCCGACGAUCUUUCAUGCGAAAGCGCUCAUCGAGUCGCUCUCGGUCGUCUUUUACUGUGACUUUCACGGCCAUUCGCGCAAAAUGAACGUCUUCAUGUACGGCUGCGACUCGAAGAAGCAUCCGAAUCCGAUCGCGCGGUACUUUCCGCGGCUCUUGGCCAACAGCGCGCACCGCUAUGUCUCGCACGAGGCGUGCAGCUUUCAAGUCAACCGCGGGCGCGAAGCUACAGCGCGUGUCGUUGUCGGGCGCGACCUCGGUGUCGCCAACAGCUUCACCCUCGAGGCUUCCUUCUGCGGCGCCGACUUUGGCGUUUUAUCCCAGAUGCACUUUAACAUUCGUCACCUCUUGGAUCUCGGGCUCCUAGUGGGCCAAUCGCUCUUGGAGUUUGCCGUGCCGGCGCCGAUGGACCGGUCGCCGCUGCUCGAGUGGGUGCAGCAAGCAUCGACGCCGCACCCGUCCCUCUACGCCUACAUCGCAUCCCAGUACGCCCACAAAGACGUUCUAUGGAGCACGAUGCCACUGCAUUUGACGCGUUCCAAAGGCAAGAAAUCGCUCAAAAAAACAAAGUCGGUCAAGGGCAAGAAGGCCACCAAGCUGCGACCCCACGCCAGUGUGCUACCGACACCCGUCCCGCCCAUCGUUUGCAGUGUCGCGACCAAGCGAAAAGAGUCGAUCAAAGUCAAAGCCAAACCGCCACUGCUGCCCAAACCCAGCGAGAGCCUCAAGAAGGAGCUCAAAUUACUCAAGCACGCAACGAUGCCACUCCCGCUCAAGAAAGACGGGAAACUUCGCAGCCGCUCCGAUACGCCUAUACCGCGGCCCACCAAGGUCGCCGAGACAAGUGCCUGUGACAACAACCACAGCGAGCCACUCGGACGGGUGCUCAAGAAGGCCCCAACGGUGCCCCCGCGCAGUGUAGGCCUUGGGUUCCGACGUCUCGCGCUGCCGACGACGACGACAGGAUGUACGCCUGAAGACGACGACUUGCGGCGAUCACGACGUGUGAGCUUCCCGACCGUAACCAAGUAGUAAAGGAAACAUUGGUGUUUCG